ACUUGGGGGCAACUUGCUCUCCCCUCCCAACAGUGCUCUGAUCGUGAAUUCAUCCAGGGUCCAGGAUGACAAUCCGACACCAAGGCCAGCAGUACAGGCCAAGGAUGGCAUUUCUGCAGAAGAUUGAAACACUCGUGAAGGAUAUGCAGAACCCGGAAACGGGGGUCCGGAUGCAGAACCAGAGGGUCCUGGUCACCAGUGUCCCUCAUGCCAUGACAGGAAGUGACGUUCUGCAAUGGAUUGUCCAGCGGCUUUGGAUCUCCAGUGUGGAGGCUCAGAACUUGGGCAACUUCAUUGUCAAGUAUGGCUACAUUUACCCCCUGCAAGACCCCAAGAAUCUCAUUCUCAAACCUGACAACAGCCUCUACCGUUUUCAGACGCCCUAUUUCUGGCCCACCCAGCAGUGGCCAGCUGAAGACACAGAUUAUGCCAUCUAUCUGGCCAAGCGAAAUAUCAAGAAGAAAGGGAUUUUAGAAGACUAUGAAAAGGAAAAUUAUGAUUUCUUGAACAAAAAAAUGAACUACAAGUGGGACUUCGUCAUUAUGCAGGCCAAAGAGCAGUACAAGGCUGGAAAGGAGAGGAACAAAGCAGACAGGUACGCUCUGGACUGCCAGGAGAAGGCGUACUGGCUGGUGCACCGAUGCCCGCCAGGAAUGCAUGAUGUGCUGGACUAUGGCCUGGACCGAGUGACUGAUCCGAAUGAAGUUAAGGUAAACCAGAAAGAAACAAUCACUGCUGUCAAAAAAGAGAUCAUGUAUUACCAACAGGCCUUAAUGAGGUCUACAGUGAAGUCUUCAGUGUCCCUUGGAGGGAUUGUCAAAUACAGCGAGCAGUUUUUAUCCAACGAUGCCAUCAUGUCAGGCUGCCUCCCCAGCAACCCUUGGAUAACAGACGAUACCCAGUUCUGGGAUUUAAAUGCCAAAUUGGUGGAAAUCCCAACCAAGAUGCGGGUGGAGCGAUGGGCCUUCAACUUCAGCGAAUUGAUCCGAGACCCCAAGGGUCGGCAGAGCUUCCAGUACUUCCUCAAGAAAGAAUUCAGUGGGGAGAAUCUGGGAUUCUGGGAAGCCUGUGAGGAUCUGAAGUAUGGAGAUCAGUCCAAGGUCAAGGAGAAAGCGGAGGAGAUUUACAAGCUGUUCCUGGCCCCAGGCGCGAGGCGCUGGAUCAACAUAGACGGCAAAACCAUGGACAUCACGGUGAAGGGGCUGCGGCACCCUCACCGCUACGUGCUGGACGCUGCCCAGACCCAUAUCUACAUGCUCAUGAAGAAGGAUUCUUAUGCUCGCUAUUUAAAAUCUCCAAUCUAUAAGGAGAUGCUGGCCAAGGCUGUCGAGCCUCAGGAAACCAAGAAAAGCGCCAGCCUCCCGUUCAUGCGGCGUCACCUGCGCUCCAGCCCGAGCCCGGUCAUCCUGAGGCAGCUGGAGGAGGAGGCCAAGGCGCGAGAGGCAGCCAACACCGUGGACAUCACCCAGCCCGGCCAGCACUUGGCUCCCAGCCCACACCUGGCUGUGUACACUGGAACCUGCGUGCCGCCCUCUCCUUCCAGCCCUUUCUCCUCCUCCUGCCGGUCCCCCAGGAGGCCCUUCCCUUCGCCUGGCCGCUUCAUCCGGCGGCCCAGCAGCACCAUUUGCCCCUCGCCCAUCAGGGUGGCCUUGGAGAGCUCCUCAGGCUUGGAGCAGAAGGGGGAGCCCAGUGGGUCCAGGAUCCCCAAUGGGUCCUCUGAGGCCGAGGGCAGUGAAGCCUCCAUCCAUGGCCCCUGGCGCCGCAGCCUGCCCAGGGCCCCUCCCAAGGCCCGCAUGGCUCUGUCCUUGGGCAGGUUUCUCAGACGAGGCUGUUUGGCCUCACCUGUCUUCGCCAGGCUCUCACCCAAGUGCCCACCUGUGUCCCACGGGAAGGUGCAGCCCCUGGGGGAUAUGGGCCAGCAGCUACCACGGCUGAAAUCCAAGAGAGUAGCAAACUUUUUCCAGAUCAAAAUGGACGUGCCUACAGACAGCGGGACCUGCCUGAUGGACUCAGAGGACACUGGGACAGGAGACGCAAGUGACCAGGCCAUAGAGAAGGAGGUCAUCUGCCCCUGGGAGAGCCUGGCCCAGGGGAAAGCAGGCUAAGCCAGGAGCGGUGCCCCUGGAGGACACUCCUGACAGGUGCCACGGAUGAGGCCACAGACAUGCUCACUCAAGAACCAAAGCGCAUGACUUCUGAGGACUGCAGAGAUAAGAUGGGGUGGAUUGUGGCAUAGAAUGCCCUGGCCAGCUCCCUGUGGCUAACUCUUUCUCCUCCUCCUGACUUUCCUUCCCUUGAGCAGAAAAGAGGCAUGUGGACCAGAAGACUUUCCUUGCUGCCUUAAAACCAGUAAAAGGUUAACUUGUAAGAGUUUCUUGGA